AUGAUCAUGGAAAUUAAAUUAGAAGUUCUAGCUUCAACAGGUAUCAAGCAAAGGAAGCCCUGGCCUCGAAUCAUUUGGCUGGGACAGGAAAAAGAGGCGGUGUUUCUUCUGGAUGAGAGAAACAUAAAUGAAAUUAACCUGCUUUCAGGAAAGACAAAAAAGAAGAUCCCUCAAUUAUAUCCCUUGCUGAAAAAUGUUGCUGUCUUAACAGCAUCAAGAAAUGGAGCUUGGCUGGCAGGGUUGCUUAAAACAGGAGAGCUCUUUCUUUGGAACAAAGACCAAGAUGAUCUAAAAACUAUCCCAGCGGUUGAGGAAUCUAAGAAAGCAGUCAUAGCAGCACAAGAAUGUUCGUCGAGGCUGUAUCUAUACGUUUCUGAUGAUGGGGAAAAACUGCUCCUUGCUACUUCCAUUUGUGUCUUUCUGUGGGAGAGCAUGGAAUGUAAAAAUACAUCUAAACAUUCUUUAAUGGGACAGUGGUCACAAAUUAUUCCUGAAGCAUCAGUUGCAUUGCCAUCUGUUGAAGAGAAAGAAACUGCAGUGAGUGCUGAAUUCAUCCAAAACGAGAUGCUGGGUGACUGCUGCUUAUGUUGUUUUGCAUUUUGUUCUGAGGAGUGUUUGAUACUAACAUUUUUAGAAAUUCGGUGGCAGGAGAACAGUGUUAAAAGUGCCAGUUCUUCUCCCUGUCGGAUACAUUGGGCACAGCAAACUUGCUCUCUGCCUACUCUGGUUCCCUGUUGUGAGUCAAUGAAAUCAAGAGGUGCUUUGCUGAUUGCUUUUUCAAGUGAUGGCCUUGUACUAGCAAUAGCUGUCAAUCAGAAAGAUCCACAGGCAACACAGGUUUUGUUUAUGAACACCAUGAAUUUCGUUACUGUUUCUGGUAGCGUUAAGGGUUGUGGUAGCAAGAAUCAGAACGUUCCAUCAAAGUUUAUAAGGUCCUACUGGAUUGCUAGCAUGAGCUGGACCCCUGAUAGCCUGUUCUUGGCUUGCAUGUUAAAACGCGGGUCAUUGAUAUUAAUGACGUGUUUGGGUGAAUUGCUGACUUUGGUUACUUUCGGUUGCUCCGUAGAGUUUGGACCAGCAGAAUUUAUUCCUUUGCAUCCACUAGUAACAUACAGAUCACACCUCGCUCUGAUCCAAGAUUCAAAUCACUCCCAUAAUUCAUCAGCCUCGGAAGGAGACCAUAUGAGGCAGAUGUUUUCCGUAACAUCCCAUCCAAGGUUGCCUUACCUCAUUGUCUCUGAUGGGUACAACAUCACGGUUCUUAGAUUUUGCGACGGUUUUUUGCCAUCUGCAUUUUUGAGGUCAUUGCUGCUUGACUCAGCCCAGAGACUUGAAAAACUACGCCACAGUCUGAUUGUAUCUAAGCCUAAAGGAAAAAGACUGCGGCUGCAAUCACUGUCCUCUUUAAGAUUUAGUAUAUUACAGAAUCAUCAAAACCAAAGUUCAGCCUUCUCCACGAUUCCAAAAUUUCUCCAAGAUGACAAAGGAACAGAACAAGAUGGGAAAGUAAUAGGCUUUCAGGAUUAUGCUGAAGAUUCUGAUGAAGACAAGCAGUUUCAGAGGCAUUCUUUUGUUUUUGGGAGCCAAAACGCUGAUACCUGUUUAAGUGACGAAGGCAGGUUGGAAUUUGCCUCAAUGUUUGACACCAUUCAUGCGAUGGACAGAACGGCAGAAAAAGAUGGCAUAUCUUUAGAACUGAACUAUAUCCAAAAAAAUCUGCUUGCAGCUUGGAGAGUGGGGAUUUCAAGAAGUGUGCAAGAAAGAGAUACAUUGCUAAGUUGCACUACACGUUGCAUUAUGCACUUUUUUGGCACUUUACAGUAUGCAAAGCUGAACUUUGCAAAUUUAAAUAACUCUUUCAGGGAUAAUCCGUGGAUCCAGUGUGUCUUAAACUGUUUUCAGCAGUUUUUGACUCUCCUGAGUUGGGAUGGUAUGCACAGGCAGACACUGGGACAUUUGCUCAAGCUGACGUUGCAUACCCUAAAACUAAUGCUUGCUGAACAGCAUGGUCAGGUGUUUCCUAGUCAUCUUUUGGGAGGCUUCUCUUUGCUGAAAAUGGUUACUUGUUGCCUAAAUGGCAAAAAUGUGCCUCAGUAUGAGAUACUCCCAGCAUUCCUGGAUGUUAACAGCAACGUGGAGCUGGACUGCUUAGUUAUGCCUGUGUUUCAAGCUAAGGAUUGGAGCGGCCAUCAAAAUUAUUGUGCAGUGCAUUCCAUACUUAAAAACUCUCCAACAGUAAACCUGGGAGGGAAUCCAGAAAAGAGGUUAACUGUACUGUGGCAAUUACUCUAUCAGCAUGUCCUUUGGUAUCAGGCACAGCUAAACAGGAAAAUGCUUAUCUCAAGGAAACCACUGUCUGAAAUACAAACUGUACACAAAGAACCAAUUAUUGAAGCUCUUUCAAGUCACGUCCAGGCCAUCUUACAGUCUUCAGGAGAGAAACUGGACAAAACACUGAAACUGAAUUCUGUGGCUGGUGAAGAACAAUUUCUGAUAGGGUCUUAUAGAGAAUCUGUGGAGAUAUGGGAGAAAGCUCUUCAGGAAACCAAAGAAAAAGGAGGAAGGAGAACACCUUUUCUUCAAACUCGAUACUACCUUGCUAUAUUAUAUUGUCAUCUGUAUCACUACAAUCUAAGUGAGGCUCAAGGUCUGUGUGAUCAUCUAGUGUGUGAGCUCCUAAACCGAACUAAUAUUUCUGUAAGUAAGAAGGACAAUAUCUCAGAUGCUGAACUCAUGAUAGGAGCUGUUCAUAUGGAGGCUAUCCUGGCAGUGGUUCAGUCCUUGGCACGAUUCAUGGCAGCCUACUUUACUAAUGAGCCACUUUUUGUGCUUCUUCCACAUAACGUUGGUGUGUUACCUCCACUUCACAUCAGGCCAGAGAGGUAUCCUCGUGUUGUCCCACUGCAGCAUUCCAGAAUCACCAGUGCAAUUAGGGAUCAAGGUCUUUCUUCUGUCUGGACAGCCGAAUACUCUCUUGACUUGUUUCUGAUCGGCGGGCUAAUUCCAGAAGCUGUGUGGCUGGCACAUAAGCUUGGAGACUGGAAGAUGUCUGUUUCAAUCGGCGUGGCUUUUAAUCAGUAUUGUCAAAGUAGCAAUGGCUUUUCGAGGUCACACAAAUUAGAUCCAUGCUUGCCACUGUAUUUGACUCCAACACACAUUUUUCAAGAAAAAUUACGAUCUUUUAUGGGCCAGCCUGCCAGCGUGGAAACCUCAAGUGAGGGAGAAUUGAAAUACAAACAGUUUACAGAUCCUAUUGAGGAAGAAGAUGCAAAUGUGCUUUUUAAAUCAGUUGAAGAAAUACUAAAAGCAGCUGUUAUGGCAGAUGCAGAUAUUCUUUCGGAGAUAUUGCAGCUCUUGAUGGACUGUGCCAAGGACCUUAGCAGAAAGUUCUACAGUUUGGUGCCUGAGAGCUUAUAUCUUCCUGCACCACCCUUGUACUGUCCUCAGCCAGCAUUUCUGAGUGAAGAAGAAUGCACUGAUCUGCCACUAAGAAUAGAAAGGGAAUGUCGGCAGAAAGUUUCUGGGGUGGUUCAGCGAAUUCUUCUGCUUUUCCAGGCUGCUCAUUGUUCUUUCCCUGCUGCUCAGUGGUAUAUUGCGCAACUGAAACGGGCACGAAAAAUAAUGCAAAAGAUUCGCAAGAAAGGCGGUCUUCCAUCAUUAAAUACACUUCCUGAAAAUUUGCUUAAUUAUUCUAAAUCUCGUACAGUAUUCUUUAGACCAACGUCAUCUGGAGACAGUGGAUUUGAUGAUAUUUCAUGUAGGACAAUAGAGUGCUUUAGGGAAUUGUGUGCAUUGUGUUGGAUGCUCCACAUUCGUGAAAGGUUGUCGGACAGUUGCAGGCGGUAUCAAACUGCAAGAGAGAAUUCAGAAAAUCAGAAGGAAAGCACAACUCCUGAAUUUGAUGCUUGCGUAGUUGAGCGCUGUCUGAAUGGAUUGGAAUGGGCUUGCCGAAUGCUUCCCUUUGCUAGGUUCAUGAACAUUGAAGAACUUGUCCAGGAUAUCAUUCUGAGCCUUAUUGGAGAAUUGCCACCAAUCCAAAAGGUGGCAGAAAUUUGGGUGAAAGCAUUUCCUAACCGUGAAGAUGUAAGAGUCCCAUUAAGGGAUAAAUAUAAUGGUCUGCACCAGCGACUUAGACAUUGUGUAGUCAAAGGCCCUGGUGGUGAAAACAUGAUGUCUGCUGUUAUAGAGGCUGCUCAUAAAGUGAAUCUGAAAGCAUUAAAGCGUGUGAUACGGAAUAUAGGGCCAAAUCAAAGAAAUAUCUGGGAGCCACCCGAAGAGGAGACCCAAGAUCUUGGAACUUGCUGCUAUGAUGGAUUAUCUUUGGGAACGAGCCUAAGCAGAAGCACUGUCUCUGAUCUGGGGAACCCUCAGGUUUACAGCGAUGCUGAAACAGGAGACUCCGUCUCUGAAGCUUUGCUGAUGGAGGAAACAAGAAAGAGUACUCCUUCACAGAUGCAGGAAGAUUACAGGGAAAUGCAUAACUGUACAGUGGAUUUGACAGGCUAUAAGAGCAUUCCUGAAAAGUUAAAGGACUUCAGUGUGAAAGAAACGAACAGCAAAAGAAAGACCGAUAAAGUCCUCCCUGAUCAUCACGUUUUGCCUGUGGUUGGUAUAUGGGAAUUUGAACGUGAUGAUGAUGAGUACAUGAAGUUCUUAGACCUCUUUUUGACUUAUGUGCUUGAAAGAGAUCACAUCAUUCAUGGGGUCGCAGCAGUUCCUUUUCUGAAGAGCUUUUCAGCCCUCCUUAGGGAACAUGAACUGAACUCCCUACUUUUUGAUGUUCACACAACACUGAAACGUCGACAGAAUAGAACUAAAAGCCAGAAUGUUUUUAGAGCUGGUUCUUCCUACGCUCUUAUUUUGGAGCCCAGUAAUUCUAAACCAUCUUCUUUGUGUGAUGAAAAGAAAAAAGAAUUUGAAAAACUCACGUUGCCCGUCUCCGUUCAACAACCAAUAGAGCCUUCUGGCCGUGACUCAGUGACGAAAUUCGCCUCAAAAAAAGGAUUAUUUGGUCUAAGCCCACAGUCGGUUUAUGGAACUAGUUCCAGUAGAGGAAUAACACGUACGCCAGUAUUAAAUCAGCGUUUAUCUGACCAUGCUUCUUCUAUCCUCCAAACACCUCCAGUUCAUAAAUAUAUCUACAAAGCCAUUCAGGUGACUGAUGAUAUACGAAGAGAGGAGUCUGCUCCAGAAAUAACGAAUAAAUUUGACAGUGUUGCCCGCUUGCUCGAAUGGAUGAUCAGAUGGUCUGAUAGGCAGUUGCUUUAUGGUCGGAUCUCAGCAGACCCGCUUCAGGAGCGCCGGCCAACAAUGCAUGUGAAAACGUCUGCAUCCGCCAUCCUUGCGUCAUUCUGGCUUCUGGAACGACAGCACUGCAGUGAAUCGCAAGAUCAAAAUGCUUGCUUUGGGAAUCCUAGGAAACCAUGUGCAAGUACCCGUUCUUCAGGUGUUCCGUCCAAACUAGAGAAAGAAAGUAGUGUGGAUACGGGCUAUUCUCCAUCAGUCGACACGCCAGUUGGUGUCCGAGGCAGAAAUGCUUAUUGUGAACCUUAUGAAAGGACUUCAGGGAGUACCCAUGAAAAGCAGCCUGAGAAGAAAGAAAUUGAUUUCAAGGAUCAUUCUGUAAUACAUGACACAAAGAAUGGAGGAGGAGAUUUUGUUGAAGGUCUGAUAGAAGUGGGAGGAUGCCUACCAGAUGAAGGAAACGUGACGUCUGAAAAUGAGUUCUCCGAAGAACCAUUUGCAGCUUCAAGGAGUCCCACCAUUUCUGUCAGCAUUAAGUCAGUUCAACCGAAAAAGCAACUUUCUUCAUCAAGUGAAGAAUGCCCACAGGCAGAACCAUUAAUGGAAAUGUUGGAAGGGGAAAUGACCAACAUAAACGGUGUAGAGAUCUCAGUCUCAGAUGACCAGCCAUCUUUCACUGUUGUGUCAAGUGUUCAAUCUAGCAGUCCUGUUGGUUCAAUGAAAGAAGAAGCUGAUGCCAGAGAUCAGCCAUCUUUCACUGUCGUGCCAAGUGUUCAUCCUAGCAAUCCUGUUGGUUCAAAGAAAGAAGAAGUUGCUUCAGCAGACCCAGCACCACAGCCAUUAAACAUUUCAGAUACUGUCAGGCAAAUGCUUCAAGAUGAAAUGUUUAAACUGGUUCAGCUUCAGCAAAUUAACUUUAUGAGCCUCAUGCAAGUGGUGGGGUCCUCCUUUGCCAGCCUGCCAGAUGUGUCUCGUCGUUUGCAGCAGCCACUGCCUUCUCACUUGGGGAGGAGCCAGGCUUUAGAUGCUGCAGGGACUUACACUGAUCGGUGCCCCCCAGAGCAUUCAGCAGAUGGUCCCGCAAAAAGAAAGAUGCCCACUCUAGAAACCACUUCACUUUCUAACAAGAAAAGCUCCAGUCCUCGGGAAGAGAACAUUCUGCCUGAUCAAAACGAUAGUGAAAAUGUGCAAAACUUUCCUCAAACUGGUGGUGCUUCAAGGUUACCCGAGAGCCAGUCGUUUGGAACAAGGAUGAUUCCACCCUUUCAGGAUUUGCUUCAUCAGGUUUCACCCAGCCCACUGCCCCUACUCUCAGCUUCCCUUAAUGCGAAAGAAACCCCUAGGCUUAUUCCACUGGUGAGACCCUCAAACAGUGCAAAUGGAUUUCCUUUGCUUAAACUUAAACCAAGCUAUCAGUUCCAGGCACUGAAUAUCUGCCCAGUAAAACUUCCAAAAGAUUUCAGCAGAUCAUUCUCACAACCCCGAGAAGCCUGGGGCCCGCCUCCUCUGGCGGAGAAUCCUCAAGGUUCACAGACACCACUGCGCAAAAAUGAAUCGACAGGGUACCUAAAAUUGAACCCUAAUCCUGAAGUUGUAAGGCAAGCACAAGAGGAGGGGAACAAGUGCCAAGACGUGAUGCAUGAAGGACCUGCCAGACAUCUCCAUCUGCCUGAAUAUGAAAGAAAGGAAAACGUGGCACCUUCCGACCAUCUUCAUUCACAUUUAAAGGCUGAAAAACCACUGGUGGACCACGAAAUUUCCUUGCAAAAAACAUACGAAAAUUUUGCUCAAAUUCCCCUACUGUGCCUGAAGCCUUCUUCACAGUCCAGGUAUCCUUCGCUUUUAAGUCCUGUUACAUUGACGUCAAAGGCCAUGGAUUCCAGAAACCCCUUAUGGCAAAAAGAAAUGCCAUUACUCUAUACUAAUUUACCUCCACUCAUCAAGUUUCAAACACCAAAACUCAUCCCGCUUCAGAAUCUUAUCGCGUUUGAGCAAAGCCGGCAAAUUGUUCAAGCCCCGCUUAUCGGAUGCGAAGGCCAUCCUAAACAGAUCCAGUUACUAAAAGCUAACGUGAAACCCUUUGAAGCAAGAGAAGACAGGAAUAAUAAAACAAGGCAGAGAAGGCGCGUCAAGAAACAGAUCAAGGAGAAAGAAGAAAGGAAGAAAGCAACCGUGACUUUCCAACAAACUGAUUCCAUCCUUCCACCCGGCAUUCCAGAAAAAACAAAGGAUGAGCAAGUAGAACCCCACUGUGACCUUAAUGACGGCGACUACUUGCUGGACCCAGAGGCGGUUAUUUCUUCAGCAGGACUACAUUACUUGGCUUCUGUAAGGAAAAGGCCCACAGAUCUUCAAGACGCUAGUACAAAUACAGAUCCUGUUCUUAAAUCACAUCGGGACAUGCAAACUGUCUCAGAAGAAAUAGUUUCUGAAACGGACAAAAAUCAGCCUAUCAUCUCUGUUCCGGCAUCAGAAUCAUUGCCUUCAUAUGUUCCUGAAACGUUACCACCAGAUCUGUACUUAAAUCUCAGAUUCCCCACUGAAGCCACAGAGAUGCCCUUACCAUCCUCCUUCUCUAAUACUACAUCUGAUUUGAUUGGACGGAAGUAUAUCAACGUGAUUGAUAUAGAAGAUGACGACCUUCUGAAAAACUUGCCAGAGAUAUCUGAUCCUGCAGUGAAGGACAUUACCCGGCAGCCUGAAGUCAUCCCUUCUGCAAAACUGCAUCACAUGGCAGCAUCUGUUACCAAUGCAGUCCCACCCGAAGAAUUUGAGAACAAAGGGCAUACGCUUCAAACGGAAUCACUGCAAGCACCACUGGAGAAUCUGGAGGCAGAAAUUGCUGGUGAUCAUCUCACCCUGAGUCUGCUGCAAGAGGACUUCAGCACUAACUCCUCCCCAGGACUGUUAGCCAAACAAAUCAGCAGACAGCACUUUUCUGACAAGCUGCACGAAAUGGAUAAGCAGCUACUAGCCCUACAGAACAUGGCAGAAAGAAUGGAGCAAGAAUUCAGAAAUACUAAACUGCUAGUAAAAUCGCCACUAGAUGAAAAUGGAGGCAUGGGAGCUGAUCCAGGAGACUAUGAAGUUUCCUUCUAUGCACCAGGUGUUAGAGUCUCCAAAGAAGAACGUUAUUCAACCCAUGUGAUUGUGGAGGAUUUCACAGAGGAGGAGGACUAUAUAAAACCAGAAUCUUCUCAAAGCAGCCACAUUGCCUUGCGAUCUCCCUCCGUUUCUCAUUCAGCAUCAGCAGCUGAUCUUCCCAGUGUCAAAAAGUCAUCUUCAGAUUUGUAUACUAGACUUGAAGAACUGGAUGAAAGUUUUUCCAAAGAUCCCUUGCAGAUUACUGGCUUGAGCGGCGUUACUGACAUCAUAACCGAUCUCAUAACGGAAGGUGGCAUAUCAGCUGCAGAAUUGGGCCUUACAAAAACACAGGCCAGAAAAAUCUCCAGAUGCUCCAGUGCAGUGAGCGGGCGUUCACGUCGAUCAGAACAGGAAAAAAAAGAGUUACAGGCCUGGAUGAAAAGAAAGCGAAAGGAAAGACUAGAUGCGUAUCUGCAAAAGCUGGCUGAACAAAGAGAAAAAGAGCACGAUCCGUUUCAGUUGAGAAAUAACUCGCAGCUUGGAUAUACGUCGCGGGAAAUUAAGUUUCAGCAAAAAAAGAAAGAGAAAAAGGACAAAGCCUUGUUGUCUGAGCAUCAUAAUCUUAGAGUCUCCCAAGCUCUCGGCCUGAUGCAGGAGCUGUUAUCAGACAAAGUGCAUUCUGGAUCACUGUCUAAAAUAAGGCCCCCUCCAGAGGUCAAGAGGCCGCGCGUCUCUUCUGCUGGAAGAUUCUAUCAAACUGCAAGGAACAGCGUCGCUUCCAGAACCGGUCUGAGUCAGACAAGAUCCUUUUCCAGUCUAUCUUGCAACACAACUGAGAGGAAAGGCCUACCAUCCCGAGCUCCUUACAUAAGAAAGGCCGCAGAAACCUCGCAAAGGGAGUUGUGGUGGAAAAGCAGAAACCAGAGGCCAGCCUUGAGAAGCAGGUUGGACUUGGAGAGUCAAGCUUCUGAUCAGAGAAGGUUCACAUCUACCGACAUCACAACUCAGGCAACCGAGGAGAGUGAAGAGGAAGUGAGCGGUUGGAGCAUCCCCGAUGAGAUCCAGCGGAUGUUGUAUGGCAGUUCCCAUUUUCAUUUAGAGGGUCCUUUGCCUCCCAAAGACAGUUUCUCUAUGGUUAGCAUUAAUAACUUGGACAGUGUGUCUGAAAGCACCAGCAGCAUCCUCAGCAAGCUUGACUGGAAUGCGGUGGAGGCCAUGAUAGCAAAUCUGGAAGAAAAAUGAAGCCACUUUGAAGGACAUGCGGAUGCCUACUAUUUGGGAAGGUAA